CGGAGUCACCAGCUGGGACAUAGCGUUAGCAUCUGUUAGCAUCUGUUAGCUGCUCAUUAAACACUUCGAUACAUCAGUUAUUGAUUGAUAGGUGAAGGACCGUCACCUGGAAACGGUGAGUUUCCCUCCUGCAGGUCCAACAUGGCGUCUGAUGCGUCUCCUACAGAACCCGAGGAGGUGAAGGUGAGGAGGAGGAGGAGGGAGGGGAGGAGGAAGGAGGCUCCGGAGGUGGACAUCGAGGAGUUAACGUCUGCUGGUCACGGAGCUCUGCAGGCGGGACGGACUGAAGACGCUCUGAGCUGCUUUACCAACGCUCUGAAGGCUGCAGAACAGCUGCAGGACUCUCGGGUCCUGCAGGCCUGUUCCUUUAACCUCGGUGCUGCCUACGUGGAGUCGGGUCAACCUAACAAAGGUCUGGACUUCCUGCGUCGGGCUCAGCCUGGCCCGAAGGCCAACCGCCUCCCGGACCUCCAGUUCAACCUGGCCCUGGCCCACAAUGCACUGGGGCAGAGCCAAGAGGCCGCCGCCUACUUCCUGCAGGCCGCUCAGCUUUACAGCUCUCAGGGAGACGGAGGCAGUGAGGGAGACGCCUGCAUGGAGAUGAGCCGCUGCUACGGCACAGAACAGGACUGGUCUCUGGCGGUUCAGGGUUUCCUGCGGGCUGCAGAGAGUUACAGAGUGGCAGCCAUGUUGGAUUCUGCAGCCGCUGCGCUCAAAGAGGCAGGAAGUCACAUGAUCCAAUCAGAUCAGUUCAGCCACGAUGACAUCAUCAACGUGCUGACAGAGUGUUUGAGUCUGACAGACAACAUCACCGACCCGAGGAUUCUGGGUGAGCUGUACCUGUCAGUGGGCGUGACUUACUGCCGGCUCAGGUGUUUCCAGGAGGCGGUGCCGUGUUUCCAGAAGGCUCUGGGCCCCGCCGCUCAGCAGCCCCACCUGCUGGCCAAAGUGCUGCACAACCUGGGAGCCGCCCUGAACUCUGUGGGCCAGUUCACACCUGCUGUGGGCUACCACAGGAUGGCUGCUGGCCUCUACGGCUCUCUAGGUUGCCGUGGCGACCAGGCUCGGUGUUUCAGUAACUUGGCUUUUGCCUGCAGUCAGCUGGGUGAUGAAGAGGAGGCAGCAGAGAGCUUCCUUCACGCUCUGCAGGGAUUCAGAGACACAGAGGACCACCUGGCUCAGGUUCAGGUGUGUGAGUCGUUGGCAGAGUGCUACCUGAAGCAGAGGAAGCAGCAGAAAGCUGUUCAGCUCUAUAAACAAGCUCUGACGGCGCUGUCUCACUGCAAGGACAGUGGUGGUGUUCGGGAUCGACUGGUGGAGCACCUGACUGCAGCUCUGAAGCAGAGUCUGCAGAGGCCACACCCCCUCAGCCCACCUGUCGGACAGCUGGUCAGGAGGAGCGACAUCAUACAGAGUCCCGGCAGAGCGUCCAACCAGCAGGCAGAUGAUCAGAGGGGGGAGGGGCAAGGAUCACAGCAGGAGGCCGCAGAUAGACAGGAAGCAGCAGAGCAUUGUGGGUCAGCAGGGGGCGGAGCCACUGAGAGACCUGAAUACAUGAGCAUGGUACCUGGACUACACAGUUCAGACCAGUCAGACCAGUCAGACCAGCUGCAGCACAGUGAGCCGUGGUCAGACAAAGAGAACCCUCACACUGACAGUGGAACCUCAUUGGCUCGGGAGGCAGAAGCCCCGCCCACCAGCCCAGGUGAACCCAGAGAGGCCACGCCCCCUGCAGCCAGGUGGAGAUCUCGGUUCUGUGCACUGAUGUAGACUCACCUGCCUGACUGUUAUUGAUCAUAUAUCGAUAGCUGAUGUUACAACCCGGCUCUCCAGCUGCAACAUGAAGGAGACAAGACGAUUGUAAAUGUAAUAAACAAACACAUUUAUUUAACAGAGUCUAUUAAAGUAAACUACACAGCAGCAGAGGAGAGGCAGCGGCCAUGUUCAGGUUGUGUGUCUUUAGAUCUGGACUCAACCAGACUCAGGUGAGGCUGAUCAGCUGAUGAGCAGCUUCCUGUAAGACAAGGAGACAACGAACAGAACAGAGCCCCCUAGUGGAGAGGAGGAGAGCAUCAGUCCGGACUGAAUCAAAGACCAACACAUUCCUAUUGGUCCAAACCUGCAGCUGAGCGAUAUGGAGGCGGAGCUUCAGACGUCAUGCAGGCAAACACCAGAGGAGAGGGUGGAACCUGGUCCAACACACACACACACACACACACACACACACACACACACACACACACACACACACACACACACAGAACCUGCAGUUCCUUCAUGUAACACUGUUAGACUGCAAGAAGACACCACGAUGGUUAUAGAGAUGAAGAUAAUGACGAUGAUGAAGAUGAUGAUGAAGAUGAAGAUAAUGAAGAUGAUGAUGAAGAUGAUAUAUAUAAAAUAAGAUCUUAACUUGUUUCGUUGAAAUAAAACGUUGACGAAUGAGGCGACUUGAAAACAUUCAG